AAGCGCGCGGCAGUGGAGGACGCAAGAGAUACCUGUUGUGUUGCGGUCGGCUGGCUUUCGUCGCCACAUUCAGCGAUAAACGCCUAUUCUCACGAAAGUUUGAAAAACUUUAAGAGCUUGGAGGCUUAUAAAUGCUACGUUGCUGGUUGGGUGAAACAGGUCCUCGUACACGAAAAUUCGGCAGGAAUCUUGUGCUCGGAAGAUCCUCACAGAGGACAGUCAUGGAUAACAAAGCACUGGAACCUGACUGUGUUAGUAUUUCCAUGGAGGACAGUAUAAUUUGUAAUGGAGGUGCUCAGAAACAAGAGGCUUCCAUGUUGAAGCUGAAGAAGGUUCAGAACCAGAUCACAGAAGCACAGCGUUUCACCCAUUUACCCAAGCGCUCACCUGUGGAUCUUGAGUUCAAUGAUAUCUCUUACACCAUUCAGGAGGGAUCCUGCUGGAGGAGGAGAGGAUUCAAAGCUUUAUUGAAAUGCCUCUCUGGAAAAUUCUACAGCCGGGAGCUAGUAGGAAUAAUGGGGCCCUCAGGUGCUGGAAAGUCAACCUUGAUGAACAUAUUGGCAGGAUACAGGCAAACAGGAAUGAAGGGUGAGAUUCUUGUCAAUGGGACACCCAGAGACCUGAGAUCAUUCAGGAAAAUGUCAUGUUACAUCAUGCAGAAAGACAUGCUGCUGCCAAAUCUUACCACACGAGAAGCCAUGAUGGUGUCCGCCAACUUGAAGCUCAAUGAGUCUAUGGAUGUAAAGAAAACACUGGUGAAUGAGAUUCUGAUUGCAUUGGGUCUUCUUGAUUGUGCUCAGACCCGAACUUGCUCACUAUCAGGUGGUCAGUGUAAAAGGCUCGCAAUUGCCCUUGAGUUGGUCAACAAUCCACCAGUUAUGUUUUUUGAUGAGCCUACCAGUGGCUUGGACAGCGCAUCUUGUUAUCAAGUGGUGUCCCUGCUGCGUUCUCUAGCACUAGGAGGAAGAACAAUCAUCUGUACGAUCCACCAACCAAGUGCUAAGCUCUUUGAGCUGUUCGACAAGCUAUACAUUCUUGGUCAGGGUCAGUGUAUCUACAAAGGCACAGUACCCUACCUCAUCCCUUAUUUGAAGGGACUGGGACUUAACUGUCCUACCUAUCACAAUCCUGCAGAUUUCAUUAUUGAAGUGGCAUCAGGAGAAUAUGGAGACUUGAACCCGAUUUUGUUCGAAGCAGUCCAAGGAGGAAUGUGUGCAAUAGAAAAGAAGAACCAGACUGAUAACAAUAGUUCACUGGUCUGUACUACAAAACCCUCCAAGGAUGCUGGAAACAUGGAGAAACAUACUUUUGCCACAAGCACAUUGACACAGUUCUGCAUCCUCUUCAAGAGAUCCUUCAUAACAAUUUGUCGAGACCAGGUUUUGACACACCUUCGACUUAUGUCCCACAUAGCCAUUGGUGUACUGAUAGGCUUGCUGUAUCUUAACAUUGGCAAUGAUGCCAGCAAGGUGCUUAACAACACUGGAUUUCUCUUCUUCUCAAUGCUUUUCCUCAUGUUUGGAGCUCUCAUGCCAACUGUGUUAACCUUUCCCUUGGAGAUGUCAGUGUUUCUGAGGGAACAUUUGAACUACUGGUACAGCCUGAAAGCCUAUUAUCUGGCCAAGACCAUGGCGGAUAUUCCAUUUCAAGUGAUCUGUCCCAUCGUGUACUGCAGCAUUGUGUACUGGAUGACAGAGCAGCCUCCUGAAGUCAGCCGCUACCUGCUCUUCAUAGCACUGUCCAUUUGCACGUCUUUAGUGGCGCAGUCUCUUGGCAUUCUUGUUGGCGCCGCCUCCACCUCGCCGCAGGUGGCCACAUUUGUUGGACCGGUCACAGCCGUCCCAGUGCUGCUUUUUUCUGGAUUCUUUGUGAACUUUGACACAAUCCCAAAGUACCUGCGGUGGAUCUCUUAUGCGUCAUAUGUUAGGUAUGGCUUCGAAGGAGUGAUUCUGUCCAUUUACGGAAUGAAUCGUUCAGAGCUGGAGUGUCCGGGUGGGGUGUGUCGCUUCCAGCAGCCUGAAGAAGUUCUUCAGCUGCUGGAUGUACAAGAUGCCAAACUCUACAUUGACUUUGCUGUCCUGGGUGUGUUCUUCCUCGUGCUGCGUCUAGCCACCUACCUUGUACUCCGUUAUAAGAUGAUGGCUGAGCGCUAGCUUGUCUUUCACAAGUUUUGCACUGUUGCCGUUCCAGACCACAUCAUCUUUCUCAUAAUAUAACUGCCUUUUUGUUUUCUAAACCGCAAACAUGACUUAAAAUACAUCCUGAGGGUGUUUACUGAACUCACAUUACCUCAACACACCAGGCUAAUUCCUGAGUUUUCAAACACAUCUGCAGGGGACCUCAAAAGCACAUGAACAUUAAGCUGGGCGUGCACAGAAACAUUUCAAGGCCUCCUUGGAAAAAUACAGUGCACACAAUUUUAUUGAAGUUGGUUCUCAAAUGACUAGAAAUCACAAAACUGCGCUAGAUAGUUUUGUUUUAUUUUAUAUUUAGUUGUAAAUUAUUAUUACCAUUGUGGUCUCUAAUUGUAUUAUUCACUGUAUGUGAUCUAUUGUCUGUAGAAUCUGAAUCAAGUCCAAUGCUCACUCAACCUUAAUGUUUUUUAUACGAUUAUCUGUAUUUUGUUUAUGCACUAACAUUUUUUAAGAUAGAAGUACAUGAGGGUUUUUGUUUUUUAAUUUUUUGUGCUUCCACAACCUCCAGUUAUGAUACCAGGACACAACAUGCCAUCAUAUUUGGUGCUAACUUUGAUGAUCAAUGCAGAAAACUCGAUGCAUCUGGACUGCAUGCUAAAAGGAACAUGUGGAAUGAGAACAAAAACUGAAAGCAGCCUUGCAUUGUACUUGACGUGAAGUUAUUAUAUUUCAAACUACUGUUUUGUUUAUGUGUUAUGUUUUUUAUUUUUUUUUUUAGCUUUGCCUGACUGCAAAAUUACAAUUGAGAGCAAUAAUAAACAGUGAUUUG